AUGAAAUUUGGUAAAACUUAUUUAACUCAUCAAAUACCAGAAUGGUCAAUUUAUUAUAUGAAUUAUAAACAUCUUAAAAAAAUUAUAAAAUCAAUUGAUUCAAUAAAGGAUUCAGAUUUAGAAUUUGAUGAAACAAAAUAUUUGGAAAGUAUAUCAGAAACAUUAAGUUCUUUUUUUUUCGAAAUUGAUAGAAAUAUAGAAGACGUUGAUGAAUUUUAUAAUACAAAAUAUAAAGAAUAUAGAAGAAGAUUGAAUAAAAUUGUACAAGUUUUGAAUUUCAAAGAUAAUUUAAUAAAUUAUAAAAUUGAAAGUAAAGAAGAAUUAGAUGAGAUCAUAAGUAUAUUAAUUGAAUUAAGAAUACUAUUUAGGAACUUGAAAUGGUUUGGUGAAUUAAAUCAUAGAGGAUUUAUUAAAAUAUUGAAAAAAUUGGACAAAAAAUUAACAUCAAUACUUAAUGAAGGUCAGGUUGAUAAAAAAGAACUAUCAAAUAACAACAAGGAAGCUUACUUAUCAACAAGAAUUGAUGCAUUACCUUUUGCAAAUGAAACUGAAUUAGCUAAUAAUUUGGAUAUUAUACAUAGAAUUUUAUUACAAUUAGGAACUUUAGGAUCACUAAGUGAAAUUAAAUUGGAGUCCUUGAAUAUAAAUAAUAACAUAGAAUCAUUUCAAAAGAUUUUGGAGGAAGAUGAUGAUGUACAAUUGGAAAAACAAUUGGGAAGUAAAAGUGAAAAAUUUAAUAUUUCAUUAUUGAAUAAAGCAACAUUAAAUAAUUCCACUAAAUGUAUUGAUUUAAUUUGGAAGAAUUUAUCAAAUUUAUAUGAUGUUAAGGAUAUUAAUGGUAGAAAUUUUUUUCAUCAAAAUGUAAUAAGUUUGGGGAAACAACAAUUUAUAAAAGAAGAACAAUUGACACCAGGAGAUUCACCAAAUUGGUUAAUUGGAAGUACGAAUGGAAGUGAUAACAACAACAUAAAUAACACUAGUGGAUUACUAUAUGUUUUGAACAAAUUACAAGAUAAAGACUUGAUCAUAGCAAAAGAUCAUUAUAAUAGAACACCAUUACAUUAUGCAGCUCAGUAUGGAUUAGUACAAGUUACAAAUAUACUUUUGGAAUUUUAUACGAAAUGGGGUCUUAUAGAUCCAAAAAUUUCAAUAGAUCAGAUUGAUACUUGGGGUGAUCAAGAGAGUUUGACACCAUUACAUUUAUCGAUUAUUGGUAAACAUCCAAAAACUACUGAAGUUCUUAUCAAAUUUAAUAGUGAAAACACGUUAACAUGUCCUGAUUUGUUGUUGUUAUCAGUUAAAUUAAAUUCAAGUAGAAUUUUAAAUUCAUUAAUUAAUGAUGGUAAAAUAAAUAUCAACUACACAAACAUCAAGCAUAGAAAUGAAACUGCAUUGUAUAUUGCAUCAAAAUUAAACCUUAUUGACGUCGUUGAAUUUUUAUUAGAAUCAAAUGCAAGUACUGAAAUUGGUGAAAAAAUAUUUGGUUGGACUCCAAUUUUUAUUGCUGCCUGUGAAGGUUAUACAUCUAUUGUUAAGUUAUUAAUAGAUUAUGAUGCAAAUUAUGAUAUUGUUGAUGAUUCAGGUUGGUUACCAAUGGAACAUGCAUGUUUAAGAGGUCAUUUGGAUGUUGCUGAUUUAUUGAAACCUAAAAAUGAUAAGCUUUUAUUGUAUGAUACUUAUCAUCCUGAAAAGAAUGUUAUAAGAAUACCUAGUGAAGCAGCAAGUCCAAUGCUUAUGGCAAAAGAUGAUGAUACUUCUAGUAGUAUUGAUAAAUUACCAGAAAAUCAUAAACUUGCAGUUAAUGAAUUUUAUAAACAAUUAAAAAAUAAUUCAUCAAAUAAUGUUUCAAGAUCAACAUCCCCUAAAAGAAGAAAAAAAUAUAAACCUAUUAAAUCAUUUGGUCAUAGAUAUUUAGGUGAAGAUGAAAACCUAAUUUUGAUCACAUUGGGAACUACUGAUUUAAGAGAUGAUAAUGUACCAGUAGAAUUAAAUAAAAUAUCAUUAGCUAAAAGUUUUGCAACUGAAUUAGAUACAGCUUUGUCAUUAUCAAUUACGUGUCGUCAGAAAUUAACAAAUCAACCAGUUGAACCUUCAGUGGUUGUUGAUUUACCAUUAGAAGAUUAUCAUGGAACUGCAACAGAUCCAAUUUCUUUCAAAUUAAGUAAUAAUUUAAAAGUUGAUGAUAUAAUAAUAACUUUUGAUUUGAUACCAACAUACCAGGUGAAUAAAAAAGUUUUAGGUAGAGCUAUUGCAAUUUUACAAGAUGCAUAUACAAAAGUUGGACCAAAUUUACGUUCAUUAAAUAAUAAUAUUACUGUUCCAAUUAUUGAAUCAACUAAUUUAGAUAUUUUGGGAUUAAUUAGAUUUGAGUAUUUACAAGUAUUACCUUUUAAACAUCACGCAAUGAGUAUAGCAAGAUCUGAUACUUAUUGGAAACAAUUAGUUUCAACAAGAGUUAUUGGUCAUAGAGGUUUAGGUAAAAAUGAAAGUGGUAGACAAUCUUUACAAUUAGGAGAAAAUACUGUUGAAUCAUUUAUUGCAGCUGCUUCACUUGGUGCAUCAUAUGUUGAAUUUGAUGUACAAUUAACAAAAGAUUUUGUUCCCGUGGUUUAUCAUGAUUUUACAGUUGCAGAACUGGGAGUGGAUAUACCAAUGCAUCUUUUGACGUUAGAACAGUUUUUAGGAUUAAAUAAGACAAGAGAAAAAUCAAAUCAUUCAGUUGAUGAUGAAGUUUUGAUAAGAUCAAAACCAAGAGCUAAAAGUUCAUUUCAAUUACAAAAUAAUAUUGGAGAAGAUUUUAUAGAUAAAGAAUUUGAAAGUCAAAUCAAUGAAAGAAUGAAAUUAACAAAAACUUGGAAAAAUAAAGGUUACAAAGGAAAUGCAAGAGGUACUUCUAUAGCAUCAAAUUUUGUAACCCUUAAAGAUUUAUUUAAAAAAUUACCACAAAAUGUUGGUUUUAAUAUUGAAUUAAAAUAUCCAAUGUUGGAUGAAGCAGAACAAGAAAGUAUGGGAGAAAUUGCAAUUGAUUUAAAUUUAUAUUUGGAUACUAUUUUAAAAGUUAUUUACGAUGAAAAUUUAAAUGGUCGUCAUAUAGUAUUUUCAUCUUUUCAUCCAGAUGUUUGUUUAUUAUUGAGUUUGAAACAACCAACUAUGCCUAUUUUAUUUUUAACAGAAGCUGGUACCGCACCAAUGGCAGAUAUUAGAGCUUCAUCAUUACAAAAUGCUAUAAGAUUUGCUAAAAAAUGGAAUCUUUUGGGGAUUGUUUCAGCAGCUCAGACAUUGGUCAAAACUCCAAGAUUAGCUCAAGUUGUUAAACUGUCAGGAUUAGUUUGCGUUACUUAUGGUGUUGAAAAUAAUGAACCUGAAUUGGCAAAAAUUCAAAUGAGAGCUGGUGUUGAUGCUGUUAUUGUAGAUAGUGUAUUAGCUGUUAGAGAAGGUUUGAGGGAACAUAAUGAUACUGUUAAAGAAUUUGAAGAUCUGAGUAAUAGUGAAUAG